UUUAUUCGCCAUGGUCUGGAGCGCUUGUCCCUCCGCGGAUCAUCUGCGCGUGGACAUCAACUUCGACCCGACUCGCUUCGAACCGGACACCAUCCAAGACAUCCUCGACAACCUUGUCGACGUGCUCGCGGCCGCCGUCACCACCCCCGAUCGCACAGUCGACAACAUUCCGUUUUCCCAUGCUCUCGAUCAGCUCGCUGCGGCCGGCAUUCCUGUCGAUCCCGCACCAAUCCCCUCAGCGCCUCGUCUCGCUCUCGCUCAAGCCUUUUCAGACGCGGUCAUCGCCCAUCAUGACCUUCCGGCGCUCAUCGACGGAGACCUCACCUUGACAUACCGCGAAGUCGAUAUCCUCUCUUCCGUUCUCUCGAAGCGGAUCCUAGAGGCCACGAAGCAGCAAGAAAUCCAUGCCUUUGUGUCUUUCUGCAUUCCUCCGGGAGCCAUCGCCAUUCUCACCGUCCUCGCUAUCGUGAAGAGUGGUGCUGCAUAUGUGCCCCUCGAUGUACACUUCCCUGCAGAGCGCCUUGGGUCGCUUGUUCAAGACUGUGAUGCAUCUCUUGUCAUCACCACCGCAGCAUCGCCUUCGUUCAGUUUUAAUUGUGAGCGUAUCGCGCACCUGGACGUCACUAGCUUCCUCGACGACUGGAAGUCGCUUGUUGCUGCGUCUGUCCACGAGGACCGCGACGGGUCUGUUUCGCCAGCAGAGUCUUCCAACGACGUCGCCUACGUGCUCUACACCAGCGGCAGCACUGGCAAGCCCAAGGGCGUCGUCGUCAAGCAGUCGUCCGUCGUAUCCUUCGCCACCAACCGCGAUAUCUUCACGUGGGGCCCAGGACACCGUAUCGCGCAGAUCAACAAUCUGGCCUGGGACGCGAGCGUGGCCGAUGUCUGGUGCUCGCUCCUGCUUGGCGCGACACUCGCUGCGCGCAUCGACGGCUUCCUGCUGCCCACGUCGCUCUUCCGCCAGUUCGCCGUCGCCUGCCCGGACGUCUUCCACAGGCUCACGGAGAUCGUGACCGGCGGAGAGGCGCUCGACUAUGCGAGCGUCUGUCAAGUGCGGGCGGCGGCUCCGAGCGCGGUGAUCCGGAAUGCAUAUGGCCCGACCGAGGCGUGCGUGGUGGCAACGACCUUCGACGUUUUCCCCGGCGGCGACGAUGUACCGCAUACCGGGCCCGUGCCCAUUGGUCGCCCGCUCGAGACGGGUCAAGUGCUCGUUGUCGACCGCUACAUGCGGCUCGUGCCGCCGGGUGUCAUCGGCGAGCUGAUUAUCGGCGGCGAGGGCGUCGCCGAGGGGUACCUCAACCGUCCUGCGGAGACCGCGGACGCGUUCGUCGAGCUGCACGUUGAUGGGCUGCCUGGGAACACGAGAUUCUAUCGCACGGGUGAUGUUGUUCGGUGGGUUGACGGACAGUUGCAGCUCAUAGGCAGGAUGGAUGUUGGACAGAUCAAAAUCUCUGGACGGAGGGUCGAGCUCGGCGAGGUCGAGGCGACCAUCCUGCGCACCGGACUAGUCGGCGACGCCGGCGUCAGCUACUACAAGCCGACCGAGACUGGCGACCCGAGCCUCGUCGCAUAUGUUGUCCUUGGCCACGAGCAGACGCCCGAGAUUGACGGUCACGCUCGUGGCGAGGAUGCGUCGGCUGCAGCGCCAAACGAUGAACAUGCCAUUGUGGACACGUGGAGAGACGUGUAUGACGACAUGUAUGCUGCGUAUGAUCUGGCAAAAGCACGCGCAGACUUCUCAGGCUGGGAUAGCAUGAUCACUGGAGGACCUAUCCCGCAGAUCGAGAUGAUCGCAUGGCUUCACGACACCCUCCGGCCGUUCCAUCAGCAGUGCCCACGGACCGCCUUCGAGAUCGGCUGUGGUAUUGGCAUCUUCGUUCACAAGUUCCUUCCCUCUGUCGACCGCAUGUGGGCCAUUGAACCUUCGGCAGAGGCGGCCAAGCGUCUGGGGGAUGAGCUUAAGGCACUCGGAAUGGGCGACAAAACAUCGAUCUGGCAUGCCGCGGCCGACGAGAUCUCCAAGCUCCCUGCAUUUGGUGCGGAGUUUGCAUUCAUGAACUCUGUCGUCCAGUAUUUCCCGUCAGAGGCGUACCUGCACCAGGCGAUCGUCGAUAUCGUCGGCAAGUGCGCACCUGGAGGCCGUAUCCUGAUCGGAGAUGUGCGAAGUCUUCCGUUCGGCAGUCUUCUGGCCCUCGAUAUCGCGACCUAUCGCUGGCAAGACGAGCUCGGGUCGAAGGCUCUCCAGGAUCUGCGGGACGACAUUCUCGAUCGCGAGAAAUAUCGGUCGGAGUUGCUGGUCGAUCCCUCGUUCUUCACCAGUCUUCGUCGCACCAUUCCUACUGUGGCACAUGUCGAGAUCGUCCCGAAGGCGAUCGAGUACUGCAACGAACUCAGCCAGUUCCGUUACCAAGUCAUCAUUCACGUCAACCAGAAGCUGCCCUUGAUCGUUCCUCCUGCCUGGCACGACUACGGAGCAUUACGGUGGAAAGAUUCGGACCUCGAGGACGCGGUGCGCGACUUCGCUGUCGGCGACGAGACCGUUCUGGCGGUGGAACAUAUCCCGAAUCGAUUCCUGUCUUGGGAGCUCGUGGCAGCCACAGCCGUCUUCUCAUCUUCGUCAGAUCGGUUUGCCGACCUCGCCUCUGUGCUUCCUCCACGCAAGGCCGCAGCUGCGCAAGGCUGGUCUGCAUGGGACCUGGAGCGUCUCGCGGAGCGGUGCGGAGUGACAGUCAAACUGAGCGUUGCGCGUCAGAAGGAGACGACGACUCUGGACGCGGUCUUCAUCAAGGGAUCCCUCAACGGCACUGACGGUGGCACCUGGGUCGCAUUCAAGACCGUCGACUACGACGACGCGUCUGUCUCUCCGUUUGCCACAUCGAGGCUGCAAGAGCUGGUUUUCAGGACGCAUGUGGAGAACAGCCUUCUGGAACGCCUGAGGGCGGUGCUGCCGUCGUACAUGGUCCCCGACCAACUCUUGUCUGUGGAUGCUCUUCCGCUCCAGACGAGUGGGAAGCUGGAUCGGCGACAACUGGCAGCGAUGGCGGCGAAAGACGGCAGCCGUGACGCUCACAGAGCCGCCGAAGAUGACAAGAACAUUUUACCCGCGGACGAGGUGGAAGUUCGCUUAUGUGCGAUCUUCGGCCGUUUGCUAUCGGUUCGAGCAGUUUCACCCCUGGCGAAUUUCUUCCAAAUCGGAGGACACUCGUUGCUUGCUACCCGACUCAAGUCUGCGCUCGAAUCAGAAUUCCACGUCGUUGUCCCACUCAGGACGAUCUUUGCCCGUUCCACCCCCAGAAAGCUUUCGGCCAGCAUCCGCGAGGGCCUUACUUCCACAUCGUCUGAUCAGCACAUCGCUCUCCCAAGGAAGACCAUCCUCUCCCCUUCUCGCCCUUCCGACCCAUCUGACGAGCUCUCCUUGGACAUGACGACACCAUCGGACGGGACGCAUUACCCCUUGUCUUUCGCCCAACAGCGACUCUGGUUCCUCUCGAAACUCGCAUAUUACGGAUCGCAGGACAUUUGCUACAACACUCCCUACAUCCUGAAGCUGGAAGGACCUUUGAACAUCGCCACUCUCGAGCGCACUAUCCAGGAGAUCGUCUCUCGUCACGAGAUUCUCCGCACUAUUUUCGUCGAGGUAAACUAUUCUCCGGCUACUCGGGUCGUCGAUUUCUGUCCCCGUCUCGAGGUCAUACCCGUGGACCCCGAUACCGACGAACGAACCAUGCGCGCACUCAUGGGAGACUGUAUCCGUCGCCCAUUCGCUCUCGAUCGCGAGCCAUCGGUCCGCACAACCCUGUUCCAACUCUCUGAGAACCACUUCCACCUGCUCCUAUGCAUGCACCACAUCAUCGUCGACGGCUUUUCGUUCGACGUCAUUCGCCAGGAGCUGGCGGAGAUCUACGUCGCCUUCUCGGCCGGUAAGGACCACGAGGUCCCUCCACUUCACAUUCAGUACAAGGAGUUCGCGCAGUGGCAACGGUCGGAAGACUUCGAGCGUAUGGUGCAGCCUCAGCUCGAGUACUGGACGAAGCAGCUCAAAGGCAACCAGGCGGCGGAACUGCCAACGGACUUCCCACGACCCCAACAUCUCAGCUACGAGGGGAAGGCAUACAUUGCUGAAUUCCCCACGGAACUUUUCACCCGACUGGGACAGAUAUGCAAGCAGGAGCGUGUGACGAUGUUCAUGCUUCUGUCGGCCGCCUUCCGCAUGGUUCAGUUCCAGCUCACCGGUCAGACAGACGCCUCCUUCGCCUUCCCCAUCGCCAAUCGCAAUCGAGCCGAGACCGAGAGGCUCGUCGGGUUCUUCGUCAACACGCAGAUCCUCCGGCUGAAAGUGCGUCCUGGGAUGACGUUCCUAGAACUGAUCCAACAAGCGCGAGAUCUGUCGAUGGCGGCGUUCGAAUAUCAGGACCUGCCCUUCGAGCGGAUCGUCUCGAUCCUGAACCCGGCUCGUGACCUCAAUCGCAACCCGUUGGCGCAGAUUAUCCUCGCUUACCAGACUGUGAAGACUGCGCCAUUCAAUAUAGGAGACGUCCAUGCUUCCAAUCCGCGAAUUAAUAUGGAUACGACGAGGUUCGACAUGGAGAUCCAUUUCUUCCCCAAGGGCGACGGCCUGGCUGGCCAGUUCGUGUACAGCACUGAGUUAUUCAAGGAGGAGACCAUUGUCGACCUGGUAGACCGGUUACAGAAGGUUUUGGAACAGGCCGUCGACAAUGUACGCUUCGCUAUCAAUCCGCCGCGGUCCUCUUCGACGCUUCGCCAGCCGACUCCUUCCGAUGUAGCAGCGUACCUGCGCGACUAUGUCCCUUGCGAAUUCCCUCUCGACAUGUCCAGACGUUUAGACAAUGCGUCUCUGCAACGAGAGACGCAUUCCUUCGCCUUGCCGCCAACCGUGUGCGAUGCACUUCGGGCCUCGUCGAUAGGCGGGGAGGAGCUUCUCACGCUGUACCUCACUGCACUCUCUGUGCUUAACCAUCGUUACACUCGCCAAGAGGAUAUCACGAUUGGGUUUGCGACGAGCAAGUCGCAAGAUAUCGUUCCCGCUAGGCUCGCCGUUUGUUGCGAUGCUGUGCUCUCAGCCGUUCGCGACAAUGCGCAGACCUCGAUCGAGAAGGCAUCCGAGUUCUCCGCCGUGUCCAUCAAGGACGUAUCCACCGCUGUACGGAGACGACAGAAGUCGUUAGUUUCUGCCAUCCACGUUAUACUUUCCCAUAAGUCAAGCAUCGCACCGUCGAAAGAGCUAGGCUUGCUAGUGGAUCUUGAGCUCCGCUACGGCGAUGCCAAUGAGCCUGAUUGCCAGUUCAUCUACGACCUAUCACUCUUCUUGCCCAAUACCAUCGAGGUGUUCUGCGACAGCUUCGUGGACAUUCUCGAGAACCUCCUUCUCCAUCCUGACACGGUCGUCGAGGAGAUCUCGUUCCGGAACUCGGCCAUGCACCUGAAAGAUUUCAGUGUCCCACUUUCCCCGCCCCCACCCGCGCCGACAUCCCACCUCGUCGAUGCUCUGAGCAAAUCUGUGCGCGCGUACCCCGACAUGUUGGCCCUCCAGGAGGGAGAAUUCUUGCUGACGUACAGCCAGCUGAACACGGCCACGUCCUUGCUGGCACAGAAGAUCGUCCAGGUAUCAGGAGACGCGUGCGAGUUCGUCGCAAUGUGCAUCCCCCCGUCGGCCCUCGCUGUCAUAUCCAUCCUCGCCAUCGUCAAGGCCGGAGCCGCAUAUGUGCCCUUGGACGUCCGAUACCCUCCAGAGCGUCUCGAGAUGCUCUUGCGCGAGAGUGGUGCAGGUCUCUUGAUCACGACCUCGCAGUCGCCAGACUUCGCCGGCGACGCCGAGGGUAUCACUCGCCUCGACAUCUCCAACUUCCUCGCCGACAUCGACCUCGCCUCCCCCGCCGACUUCGUCUGCGCUCCUCGCACGGAUGCCGCCUACGUCAUGUACACAUCUGGCAGCACUGGUGUGCCGAAGGGAGUGGUCGUCAUGCAGUCUGCGGUGGUCGCACUGGUCUCGAACACGGAUGUCUUCCCGUUCCAGGCUGGCGACAGGAUCGGGAUGAUCAACAACCUCGCAUGGGACGCCAGUAUCAUCGACAUCUGGUGCACACUACUUACCGGCGCCACGGUCGUCUGCUUCAAUCGGUACGACGUUCUGGACCUGGCCGUUCUUGCGGGACAUUUCCAGUUGUUUAGCAUCACAGGCUGCUUCAUGUCCGGCGCACUAUUCCGCCAAGCCCUCGAUCUUGCACCCCAGCUAUUCCGCAAGCUCCGCAUUCUGCAGGUCGGCGGAGAGGCGUCCUACUACGAGAACUUCCAAAGAGUGAAAUCUGUUAACCCGUCGAUCCGCAUCCUCAACGCCUACGGCCCCACGGAGACUUGUGUCUUCGCCGCCACGUUCUGGACUGACGUUCCCAACAUGCCCACGUCUGGACCUGUUCCCAUUGGCUUACCAAUGUCAACCGCUCAAGUUCUCAUUGUCGACACACAGGGCCGGCUUGUGCCCCCGGGCGUGGUCGGUGAGCUGGUGAUUGGCGGUGCUGGUGUCGGUCCGGGGUAUCUGAGGCGGCCGAAGGAGUCAGCCGAGGCCUUCGUCGAGCUUGGGUUCGACGAACUCAACCAAGGUGUGGCUCGGUAUUACCGCACGGGUGACGCUAUGAGAUGGGGCCCGGAUGGACAGUUGCAUUUCGUCGGGAGGAUGAAUGCUGGCCAGAUCAAGAUCCGCGGACAGCGACUGGAGCUCUCGGAGAUCGAGGUGGUCAUCCGUCAAACCGACUUGGCCAACGAUGCCGUCGUCGUCCAUCUCAAGUCCCACAAGGGCAAAGACGAUCUGCUUAUCGCGUACGCUGUCGCUGCUGCGCCGACUUCGGCCUCGCAAUCUCAUUCCCUCUCACCACGGCUCCUCGAGUCGCUGCGCAAGAGUCUUCCGUCGUAUAUGAUUCCCCAUGUCGUGCGCUGGAUCCCGACUCUUCCUCUGACGCCUAACGGCAAGGUGGACCGCCAUCAGCUUCGAGCGCGGGCUGCCGCCGACGUCGAUAGCAUGCUGAACGAUGACGCAGAGGAAGAUGGAUCGGGCGAGCCCGAGGAUGAGGUCGAGGGACGGCUCUGUAGGAUCAUGGAAGCUCUUCUCGGUCGCACGUCUAUUCGUCGGUCCACGAACUUCUUCGAUGCGGGCGGCCAUUCGCUCCUUGCCUCCCGUUUGGUCUUCCGGAUACAAGAAGCUUUCGACAUCCCGUUCGCUCUAAUGGACGUGUUCCAUACGCCCGUGGUCAAGGCAAUGGCGGGCAAGAUCAGGCAGGCGAUUGCUGCUAAGCCAGCUGAUCGAACAUCGACGACACCUCCGACGCUUGCCCCGGUAUACGAGGAGUUCCACGUACCGCAGGUGCUCGUCUUUUCUGAGGAGCCUCGCAAGCCAUUCUUGUUCUGCGUUCCCAUGGCCACUGGUCUCGGCCACACGUUCGCUGCGCUGUCUCGCUCCACCGACCUGUUCAACGUCAUAGCUCUCAACGACCCUGGGUAUGUUGCACCCGACGACUUCCCCCAAGACCAGGUGUCGACAGGUCACGCCAACACCUUGCGCAAUCCGGGCAUGCACACCGUCGAGAACCACGCCAAGUACUACUACGCGCGUAUUGUCGAGGAGCUGGCCCGCAUCGGUACUACCAAGCCUGGCGCCGCACCGUUCAACAUCUUGGGCUACUCCUACGGUGGACACGUCGCAGUCGAGGUGGCGCGCCUCGCGCAGGACGAGGGCCGGACCGUCAACCUGUUCGUGCUCGACACGUCGGUGCACCCGGUGCAUGAGGCCAAGCUGUCGCAGACGCAGAUCGAAGAGGCCGCGCAUGUUGUCCUACCGACUGUGAUGAGCGUCGUGGAGCUGCCGUUCGGCAACAUGGGAGAGCAAGGAGCACGUCUGAAGCACGACAUCGAGGUCCGCACCCUCAUCAACAUCCAUACGCUCCAUGCGCAUGUGAUGCCGCGGUACGAGGGGCACGUCACGCUGUUCCACACGGAGUCAAAUACAAACCACGGGUUUGUCCCGCUCGUUGGUUCGUUGGACGAGGUUCUCCUGCACGGGAACCACUACCACCUACUCGAAGAAGAGUCUGGCAAUUUGUCUGUGAUUAGUGCGAAGAUUUCCGCAGUCUUCAACGCAUAGGUCUGGUCG